GCUGCAUUCACACUUAUAACGAUUUCACGCAGUCCGGCGGCGCAGUGAGCCUUGAGGGCUGCAAAGCGCAUCGAGAAGGAGGUGGCAUUUUCUCGGGUCGCAACAUUACCAUGGGUGAGAUGGCCACGCUGACCAUCCGGGACUCCAAGGCAGACAAAGGCGGAGGCAUCAUGACGACGUGGAUCCACAGUAAGGCUCCGCGGCUGCAUAUGUUCAACUGCUCUGCCGCGAGCCUCGGCGGCUGUGUCUACGUGCAAGCCGGGGCCGAGCUCGCGGCCCCGCUAUCUUUGAGGGGCUGCAAAGCAAAAGGCACGGGUGGUGCCAUCUACGCCCAAAGAAAGCUCGUGGCGCCGCAGAUCAGCUGCACCCACUGCCACGCCCCGACUUCCGGGUGCUUCCACCUGGAGUCUGGCGAGGCAAACAUCGCAAGCCUGAUGCUUCACAGCGGAUCCAAGUUCGUGCCAGCGUCUCCAAACGCUAUUGCGGCUGGAGAUGAUGCGGUCGUGAAGCUUGGCAGAGUUGACUGCCGCGAAGCCCCCCGCUGCAUUCUGGCUGUCGCGCAGAUGCAGCUGGCACGGCUCCUGUGUCAGCGAGGAGAGAGCCGCCAAUCCCUGGCAGACGACGACGGCAUCGCGUGCCAAGAAUGCGCAACGGGACAGAUCCGCCUCGGUGCUGUCGACAAGGCUCGGUUGUGUUUGGGGAGCCAGUCGGGUACCGUUAAUUAUGAUUACAGAGUGCUGUCGUGA